GCGCUCCCCUGGCCACACCCUCCGCCUGCACUCGGCUACCCCGCCGCCCUCCUUCCCCGAGGCUGCAGGCUCGGACCCCAGCUCUGACCCCAGCUCUGACCUCUGGGGACAGCCCCAGGGGGAGGGGCCAUGCCCCCGAUCUACUCUUGUGCCCCAGACCUCUCCUCCGUGCCCUGUGGGGUCAGUGCUGGCAGAUGUCGCCCGCUGGCCGCCUGUGUCUCCUCACCAUUAUUGGCCUGGUUCUCCUCACCAGAGGACAGAUUUUGGAGGGGGCCACACCCAGUUCUUCAGCAGACCCAGUAACUGGGAACAUUCAUGCCCUGACUCGAGUGUCAGGUGAGGAAAGACCAACAGACACCAUCCACCCAGAACUCCAGUCCACCCCUCAGUCCUCACCUCUGCAGACCGGUGAAACAACACAGAGCCCAGUGGAGAAGGAGACCCAGUCCCAGCACCCGGUGGGAACAGAUAUGCACCUGGCAACACAUCCACAGACGGACCGGAGCAGCACGGCAGCCUCUCUGUCUGCCGAUCCCACUAAAGGCACCACAUCCUCCAAGAGGCAAACCUCGGGAAGAGAUGUCAGGACGGACCCUGCCCUCAAGCCGACUGGUGCGAGUGAGGACAACCCCUUCUCCUAUGAUGAGGACGCUCUCCGGAAGCGGGGGCUGUUGGUGGCAGCUGUGCUGUUCAUCACAGGCAUCUUCAUCCUCACCAGUGGCAAGUGUAGUCGGUUGCCCCGAUUAUGCUGGAAUUAUGACAGGAAGGAACCCAGAUGUCCCCACAAAGACUUGUACAUGAAUGUUUGUAACAGCAAAAAACUGGAAACAUCCUAAAUGUCCUGCAGCAUAGGUGAGUGGAUACAAACUGUGGCAUAUGUGUUUAAAGGAAUACUACUCAGCUAUAACAAGGACUACAGGUCCACACAAUACUUUGACAAAACUCAAAAACAUUGUCCUGGGUGAAAGAAGCCAGACACAAAAGAGUGCAGAUGGCACCGUUCCACUUAUGUGAAGUUGUGGAAUGAGCAAAAUGAAUUGAUGGUGAAGGAAGUCAGCAUAGGAGUUGCCUCUACUGCUAUUAUGUUGCCUCUACAAUGGAUGGGGUGACUGAGAAUGGGCCUGAGGGAAUUUUCAUGGAGGAUCAAAAUAUUCUAUACCCCGAUGGUGGUGCAGAUUACAUGGAUGUAUAUGUCGGUCAGAACAGAUUGAACUGAAUAUUUAAGCCUUGCACACUUUACUACAUGAACGUUAUACCUAAACACAAAGCACAACAAAACUGAAAACAAAAAAAAAGCAGUUAUGUCUUGGGGGGUGAUGAUGACUCCCACGUCCUGGGUCAGAGAUAGAGCUACAGGAUUCUGAAGGUGUUGCAUACAGUGGGCCUCCCAAUUGGGGUGGAGGGAGAAGCUCCCAGGGGAGGUGGUUCAGUCAUUGUGAAAUAACAGAAAAUAUGUAUAUUGGGUUUUGCUUCCAGUUGCUGACUCACAGCUCCUAAAACUCUUGUACUCCCCUGAGUGGAAGUGUUGCUAGGAGCAUCUUUUGUUCUGAUAUUUAGUCCUUGACCCCAGUUUCUGGUACAGGGAGCCUAAAUCCCUUGGACUUCCCUGGGUGAUAGGAUUGUCUUUCAUUCUAAUGAGGCCCACUUGGCAGGCUCCUGGAUGGGCGCUGGUCACCGGGAAGACCCAGUUAUGAUUAGAAGCUUGGAAAUCUUAGCCCCACUCCUCCUCCUUCAGGAGGAGGAGAGGGGCUGGAAAUUGAGUUAAUGGUUAAUCAUCCCUACAUGAUGAAGCCUCCAUAAAAAUCCCCAAAAGUACAGGGUUCAGAGAGCUUCCAGGUUGGUGACCACAUCCACACACCAGGAGGACAGCACACCCCAGCUCCACGGGGGCUGAAGCUCCUGAGCUCGGGACUCUUCCAGACCUUGGAAUGUAUCUUCAUGUUCCUGUUCAUUUGUGUCCUUUAUGAUAUCCUUUGUUGUAUAAUAAACUGGUA